ACCACAUUUCCCAAGAAGCCUUGCGUCGUCACUUGAUUUUUGGCACUGUUCACAUGACAAACCUUUUGCAUGUGAGCUUAUAACGUCAACAACAAGUUCGGAGUUGUUCCAAAGACUCUGGCUUCAUCUUAUUCCUCAUUCUUCCAAGCAAAGAGAGAAAGCGCGAGAAAUGGCUCCUGCUGCGGAUGCGAAAAUGUCAGGAAUUGUUGCAGCCACAUUUACUCCAUUAACGUCAGAAGGUGAAAUCAAUCUGUCUGUGAUUGAACCCUACAUUGACUACUUGAUCAACAAGCAAAAUGUAAAAAGUAUAUUUGUGAAUGGUACAACUGGCGAGAGCGUGUCUUUAAGUGUGGCUGAAAGGAAGGCACUGGCUGAGGACUGGUGCCGUAAAGCCAAAGGAAAAAUGGAUAACGUGUUUGUGCAUGUUGGUUGCAUGAGCCUCAAAGAUUCUCAGGAUUUAGCCUGCCAUGCGGCUCAAAUCGGGGCAGAUGGGAUAGCUGUCAUUUCCCCAUCCUUCUUCAAACCUGGCACUGCAGAUGACAUAAAAGCAUUUCUGCGAGAGGUGGCUUCAGCAGCUCCUAACUUACCCUUCUAUUACUAUCAUAUGCCAGCCAUAACUGGCGUGAAUGUGCCUGUACGAGAUGUGCUGAAUGACAUUGAGGAUCUUAUUCCAUCCUUCAGAGGAGUAAAGUUUAGUGGGUAUGACCUUUUGGAUUUUGGUCAGUGUGUGAGCAACAGUCAACCAAACUGGUCUGUGGUCUAUGGCGUAGAUGAGCAAUUACUUGCUGGUCUCGUGAUGGGUGCAAAUGGUGCAGUAGGCAGCACUUACAACUAUAUGGGAAGUUAUGCGAACAAGCUGAUAACUGCUUUUGAAAAUGGUGACCAACUGCAAGCUCGGGCAAUACAAUUCAAGUUGCAAGAACUUCUAAGUUUUGCCAUGAAAAACAGAUUUGACUUAGGAGUGAACAAGCAGCUGAUGUCUGAGGUGUCUGGCUUGAGCCUUGGUCCCCCUCGACUUCCUCUGGUUCAGUGUCCACAAGAAUAUGCCAAGUCCAUCUUGCAGAAAUAUCACAGUCUCUUUCAAGACUCUAGGUCAAUGUGAAGAUGAAUGUGAGCCAUACAAAUAUUGUGGUGCACGGGUAGACACUGAAAUUAGGCUUAAUGUACUUUGAACUCACAUUAAUGAUUUUUGUGUUCGUAUUCCUUGUCCUCGCAAAUUCUGUACUUCAUUUCAGGAUGCAACUGCAACUACAUUCCAGCUAGAAAUGUGUUUUGUGUUUGUUUUAAUUAACAGUAUUAAUUUGUUAUUUCAUACCAAAAAAAAAAAAAAAAAGGUGUUUUGCCAAGUCUUUAUUUUAACCCAUAUUACUAAGAUAUAUUAGAGUUGUAAAUGACGCCAUAUUUAACUGCUUUUAGGAAACGUGUUUUUCCCAUGAUACUCUUAUAUUUUGCUUAUGACUAUACUGUAACAUUUAAACAAUUUAUCUUUGUCGUUAUGUUCAUUAAAUACUUUAAGACAA